AUGCAGAUUUUCGUCAAGACUCUCACGGGCAAGACGAUCACCUUGGAGGUCGAAUCGUCCGACACCAUCGACAACGUCAAGGCCAAGAUCCAAGAUAAAGAAGGCAUCCCCCCUGACCAGCAGCGCCUCAUCUUCGCUGGCAAGCAGCUCGAAGAUGGCCGAACCCUCUCCGACUACAACAUUCAAAAAGAGUCAACGCUCCACCUCGUCCUCCGGUAG